UCCAGAUAAUGCGAGCAUGACUACAAACCGGAAGUCGUUAUUCAUGUUUCUGAUGGGUCUGGCGUGGAAGUGCCGCUUCAGCAUGCCGCUGCUGCUGAGCGGCUCAGCGGCGGUGCUGGGCCGCGCCUGGAUGUUCCAGGUUCGAGUCCGGACCGUGCACAGCCUCCGCGACCACGAGCUGGCGUACUAUGAGGAUGGCGAGGAGGAGGAGGACUCAUGGGAGACCGACACCAAUGACUCCUGGGAGACCAUCAUGGAAGAGGAGGUGGCUUACGGGUAGACCACACCCUGUACGUAUACAGUGUAUGUUACGAGUAUCCUCUAGAGACCCAUCCGUUAGAACAUUCAAAUUGUUUAAAUACAGACAGACUAGAUGGUGCUGAUAGCACUAGCGUUCAGCUUAAUGAUAAGUCUGUGUCGCACAGCUAAACUGUGGAAUGAACGGUCGCCCGCGGUAUUUCCGCAGAGAUAAUAAGAUAUGAAAUUGAUGCAUCAAGGCUGUUUGUAGAAGGUUUACAGAGGACCUACCGGGAAACGCAAAUCCGAAAUUUCGCUAUCUGCCUCUUUAUCGCUCGAAUAUGCAAGUGACAGAUGUUAGAACGAAAUUCGAUUUUCCUGUUUCGCGAUAGACCUUCAGAUUGUGGUAGUGGCGCUCCCUACGCAGAGUUUCGCGUAAUAUUCCCUAUUUGAGUGCGUAAAGUAUUCUUUCAGUGUGUUAAAAGUGAAAUUUUUCGCAUAAACCUAUUUUAACACUUGUUACUUGCCAAAUUAAUACUGUUGGGGCUCUGGAGGAGUUAUUUAACUUAAAAAAAUAUUAUUUGUAACGUUCUCGAGCAAAAGGUACCAAAUUGUCGCAUACAAUACCUAAGGAUGAAAUUUACUCGUAUCUUUAUAUGAAUAACAUGUCAGAGCGUCCUUAUGGCAAGCGACAAUGUGGUACCUUCUGCUUGAGAACGUCACAAUUUUCUUGAGAUGCCAAAGUUAAAAUGUAAUUAUAAUUCUACUUUUAAUUAUAAUCACAAAAGUUGGUGCGAAUGUUAGAAACGAAACAUAGUUGUUCUGUCAAUUUGUAAAGUUAUAAAACCUAAAACCUUGCAAACCUUGUUUUAAGAAUUUAGAAUAGAUCUUUGACCCUUUGAACGCUUUAUGUCAUAAACACAAACAUCACUCAAACGCCAAGGUCCCGGGCGCAAGGAAGCCAAGGCUCGGAACCGGUUUUUUUUGUAAAACCCGAAAUAGCCCAAUAUUUUUAAUUAUUUUAUGCUCUUUACGUAGGACUGAAUCAUGUAUUUAGGUAACAACUUCGUAUUUAUUAGAUUGUCUUAUUAAAAAUUAAAUAAUAAACGAAAGAACGGAAAAGAACGUAAUAAUACCGGUAUUUUUUGUAUGAAGAAAAAACCGGUACCGAGCUUUGAUUAGGGAGCUAAUAUUGUAAACCUUACUCGAAAGUGGGUUACUUUGACUGCUUAGACAGCGUCCGCCAUAACACCUAUAGUUGUCCAUGGCGCUGUGGGCACGACUAGUGACGACGACUUUAGGUGUUAUUAACGUUCAAAAGGUUAAGAUUAGUUAUCCUCCUAAGGACCAGCCAUACAAGCGAAAAAUCCAAAAUUUGACAUUGAAAUUUGAACCUAUAGUUUAGGAAAUAGAGUUUAUUUUGCAUUGUUGAAAAAUUUAACAAAACAAAGCAAAAGAGACUGUUCCAAUUGAAUAGGGUUUAAAUUAAUCGAACUGAAGAGGUAAAGCCUGACCAGUAGGCCGAGCACAUGAUUGACGCGACAGUAUCUCGCUGCGAGAUAGACUACCCGUCUUUUGCUAACUUUAUGAAUUAAAGGGGGACGAGUAGUCUAUGUCGCGGCGAGAUACUGUCGCGCCAAUCAUGUGCUAACCCGGCUGGAAUAUAUGAUCACGCGCCAUGUUGUGGAAUUUCAUUGGAACUAAAUUUUUCAUACUAAACUGAACUAUCACCACAUACAUGAGAAUAAACAGCGCCCUCUUUAUUGGGGCCAGGCUAUUAUCAAUUAAACUAUGAGAAUUCUUUUCAUACUUUGUUUUAAUUUCACUUAUAACACGUAAGACAUCAUUGUCGGUUUCGCAUUGAUAGAGGCGCCACACGGCGGGACUUUAAUAAACUAAAUUACGUUUACGGAGUAACCUACUUUAACAGUUUACAGAGACAGAUAGUUACCUUUUAAUUUAUACUCUAAUACUCUUGACAAUGAUCAUAUAUUUCUGGUCGGGCUUUACUAUUACUAUUGGACCUUGGGCCUUAGGUUAUGGUGGUCUCACACUGGCUGUUACCUGCGCUGUUAUAUAACGUUGCAUAACAUCGUAUGAAAGAUGAAAUAUGAUAGUCAUUAGUCAUAGUGUUUUAUUACGCUAUCAUAGUGUUUCCUUUUCUUUUACAAAUAUUCUAACAUAGUUCUUAAGUAAAGAGUUACUAACCAUAUUAUGCAACCUAUGUUUUCUGAAAUAAAUGUUUUUUUUUAGGGUUUCUUACCUCAAAAGGAAAAAACGGAACCCUUAUAGGAUCACUCGUGCGUCUGUCUGUCUGUAUGUCUGUCUGUCUGUCCGUCUGUCACAGCCUAUUUUCUCCGAAACUACUGGACCAAUUAAGUUGAAAUUUGGUACACAUUUGUAAGUUUGUGACCCAAAGACGGACAUGUAACGUAAACAAAUUAAUUUUAAACAUGGGGGCCACUUUUGGGGGGUAAAUGAGAAAAUUAAAAAAUUAAAAUUUUCAAACUAUACCAUGUUAUAUAUCAAAUGAAAGAGCUCAUUGUGAGAAUCUCAAAUAUAUAUUUUUUAUAAUUUUAAGAUAAACAAUUUAGAAGUUAUUUAAGAAAAUAGGCAAAAAAUGACCAACCCCCCCCCCCCCCCUUUAUCUCCGAAACUACUGGUUCUAAAAUUUUGAAAAAAUACACAAAAUAGAUCUUUACCUAUAGAUUACAGGAAAACCUAUUAGAAAUUGCAGUUAAGCGUGAGUCGGACUUAAUUACUUAGUUUUUGAUCCGACCCCUACGGGUUUUUUAAAGACAUUUCACUCACGUUUCACAUAAAAAAUACAUUGUUUAAAUUGUGUAAUGUACGGAACCCCUGGAACGCGAGUACGACUCGCACUUGGCCGGUUUUAAUUUUUAAGCACGGUCGCAUUUUUAUCGCCUGUCACGUUCUAACAAGUAUGUAAGUGCGAAAGCGACAGGCGAUAAAAAUGCAACCAUGCUGUCACCGCUGAGCUGUCAAACUAUAUUGUUAUAAUUAUUACGUUAUGUAUCAGUCUGUGUGGGACCACCACACCAUUAUUCUUCCACAGUUAUUAUUUUAAUGUUCUUGAGACGAAUGACUGCUUUCUAUGCAACUACAUAAUAAUAUUAUUUGAUUUAGUUAUGUUAUGGAAUAAAGGCAUCAUGAGAUA